GGAACGCCGCUCUGCUCGAACCCGGAUGUUUUGCUCCCACUGUGGAUAGUUCAAGUUAUUUAGAACCAGUUAGAAAAAUAUAGGAGAUAAGACUUUAUGUCUCCCAAAUAAAAUUGUCGUUCUUACUGCCGUCAGCCGUUACAGCAAAACCAGAGGUUUAUCGUGUGGGUUAGCUGUAAUUUUAAUAAAUGGCUGCAAGUUUCUUUUUUCACUAGUGCUAGCUUGAUGCUGUCGUGAAGCAGGACAGACACGAAAUCAUGAACUCCUUUAAUUCUUGACAUUUCUGAUAAACUUAGCGAGUUAUUGUCGCCCAGCAGGAUGCUCCGUGAGUUGUAUCCCUUCGUGGAGGACAGCUUCAGCCGCUUCCCCUCACAGAGCAACAUUUACGGGCUGUGUCAGGCCGGGCAGCAGGAGCUGUUAGCGGCCACUCUCAAAGGGAAGGUGGUGUGUUUCAGGUACCAGGAGCUGCAGCAGAAAAUCAGACCUGUGGCCAAGGAGAUCCAGUUCACCUACAUACCAGUUGAUGCAGAAAUUGUAUCAAUUGAUGCCUUCAACAAGUCUUCACCCAACAGAGGCCUGGUGGUGGGCAUCACAUUCAUAAAGGACUCUGGUGACAAAGCUACUCCGUUCCUGAAUAUCUACUGUGACUAUGAGCCCGGCUCAGAGUUCAACCUGGAGUCUAUUGCACAAAGUUGUCUGAAUCUGGAGCUGCAGUUCACACCCUUCCAGCUCUACCACACAGAAGUUCAGUGUGAUGAUGGAGGCAGUGAGACUGUGUUUCUACUCAGUGGCCACGACCAGAGGAUCCACCUGUACAAGGAGAACGCCUCCCUGCACCAGUUUGAGGAGCAGCCAGUGGAGAGACUGUUCCCUGAGCUACAACAACUGCCCAGCAAUGUGCUGUGGUUGGAUAUGUUGACUGUAGCUGGCGGGCGGCGGAUCUCAGCGUUCGGCUGUCAGAGCGGCUGUGUCGGCCUCGCUCUGGUAAACCAGACUGGACCAGAGGUGCUGCAGAGCUGGCGGGUCCAGUUCGACAGUCCAAUCUCUACAGUGCUGCUGUUCCCUCUGAGCUGCCAGACGGAGCCCAACCAGUCCAGCAGAGAGACAGGUUCGGAAAUGAAAAGCUACAACCUCCUGGUAACCAGUACCAUUGAGAUGGCAGUUGUCUACAGAGAUGUCCAGGAAAGUGGUUUGUCCCGCUCCGUGUGCCUCUCAGAGAGUGACCAGUGGGAUGCAGUGCUUUGUGCUCUAGUCAUUGACCUGGAUUUUGACGGACAGAAGGAGGUGCUGUUGGGAACAUAUGGACAGGAACUUCUGUGUUACAAGUUCCAUCCGGCAGGUGGCGGACAGUUUCAGCUGCAGUGGAGGCGGAGCUUCAAGAGUCCUUUGCUAUCCGUCAUCUACUUAGACUUGACCGGGGACGGUUUGAAAGAGCUGGCUGUCCUCACACUGAAGGGCUUGCAUAUAUUACAGCAUAGUCUCACCAGCACUGCUGAUCUGGUCCUGGAGCGGCUCGCCCAGAGGGUGUCAGCACUGACAGCUGGAUCUGAGCUGGAGUCAGCCAAAGCUCCAGACACUGAGGGCAAAGAUGCUCCAGCAAAGAAAGAAGAGCGCGCAGCUCACACAACAUCACAUUAAGCAAAACAGUGCAUUUUGUUAAGAUGUGCAAGUCUCAAUGGUUCAGACUGAAGCGUUUGCAUUAUUUAAAGGUGCAGUGUUUUCUCAGGGACGUGUGUUCCUAAAGAGUUCAAUGACAUUUGCCAUUCAAAACAGGAACACUCUGCUUCGUGGUUUCAUACUCAAUGUAGGUGACAGUUAAAAAAAACUGAUGGACGCGGUUAGACUAUAAGCUGAUUUGCUGUAGAUAGUGUGCAAAUAAUAAAUGACACAUCUGGGUCUGUA